AUGAAUGAGCUUUUCGAGCUGCAAUUCCAGAGGUUGCCAAGAACAGUGGUGCCUAUUCAUUACAACAUUCAGUUGCAACCAUGUCUGGACAAAACCACGUUUCAUUUCGAGGGAAAGGAAUCGAUAGAGAUUGCUAUUUUGGAUUCGGUGCAAAGAAUAGUCCUGAAUUCGGUUCAACUGCAUAUCAAGAGUGUUGUUCUGCACAGGGAAGACGAAGAGGAUAUCGAGCCUGAAAUAACUUAUAAUGAUUAUGAUGAAAUUAUAACGUUGGACUUUAAAAAGAAGUUGCCCAUUGGCAGAGGUGCUUUGUUAUUUGAUUACAGUGGGUUGCUUAAUGAGAAACCGAAAGGUUUUUUCAGAAGCACCUACACAAAUUUCGAAGGCAAGACAGCCUAUGCAGCCUUAACCCAUUUCGAGACGAGUGAUGCCCGAAGAUGUUUUCCUUGCUGGGACGAGCCCUCGUUCAAAGCCACUUUCACGAUCAUUCUUUUGGUUCCACAGGGCUACACAGGGAUAUCGAACAUGACCGUCAAAUUUGGUGUCAAACAAGGAGACUUCAGGUGCAUCGAGUUCGAUCCAACUCCUCCUAUGUCGACAUACAUGCUGGCAGUAGUCAUAGGUGAGUACGACUACGUGCAACUUUUGAGCAGUGACGGAGUACGUGUCAGGGUCUACACACCUCUUGGUAAAAAAGAUUUUGGCAGAUUUGCAGUCGGAGUCACUUCUAAAGUCUUACCGUACUACAAGGAAUUUUUCGACAUGAAAUAUCCACUACCAAAGCUUGAUCUGGUAGCCGUCCCCGAAUUCCCAGCAGGAGCAAGCGAAUGCUGGGGCCUGCUGGCUUUCAGAGACUCCGCCCUCCUCCUGGACGAGGUCAACGCGAGCGAUACGACAAAACAGUGGUGCUGUCUAUUGUUGGCACACGUAGCUGCCACCCAAUGGUUCGGAGGAAUGGUGACACCGAGCUGGUGGACCGAAUCCUGGAUGUACGAAGGAUUCGCGCAGUAUGCAGAGUUUUUGUGCAUUCAACAAUUGUAUCCAGAGUUUGCAGUGUCCAGUCAGUUUCUGCAGGAUACUGCCUGGCGUGCCUUGGAUGCAGAUUCUUUGAGAAUUGCAAAGCCUUUGCUGAAUCAUCCUUCGGAUCCUAUCGAAUCUGUUCUGGACGAUUCGUCAACUGAUAACGAAUUGAGGAGUGAUAAGGCUGCCACUUUAAUGAGGACACUGCACUCUUACGUAGGUGACAACAAUUUCCACAAGGGCAUCAACAUGUUCCUGACCAAAAAUAAAUUCAACACGGCAUCUUCCGGGGACUUCUGGAAAGCUUUAGAGUUUGUUAGCCAUCUGCCAGUGGCCGAACUGAUGUCAACCUGGACAUUCCAACCAGGUUAUCCUCUGAUCAGAGUGUUCGAAGUUCACCAGGGCGAAACCAGAAAUAUCACUUUGACUCAGGAGAGAUUCUUUGCAGACGGCAAACCUGAUACAGAACACAGACUGUGGCUUAUACCGAUUACCAUUUCAACCAGCAAAAACCCAAAUAAGGUUGCUCAUUCAAUCCUGAUGGAAUCUCCGACGUUAGAAGUUCAAUUAAACAACGUAUCACGCGGUGACUGGAUCAAGGUGAAUCCAGGUUGCACAGGAUAUUACAGGUGUGUCUAUUCACCUUUUGCUGUCAGACACUUUUCCAAAGCUAUCAAGGAUGCCAGGUUGCCGCCCAACGACAGGUUGGGACUGAUGGACGAUAUGUUGGCUUGUGCCAGGGCAGGAUUUGUCGAUACAGGAAAUCUUUUGCGUUUCAUGGAAUAUUAUUCUGAGGAAUGCAAUGCGGCAGUUUUGCAAGGGAUGGCUGCAUGUGUCGCUAAAUUGCACGAUAUUGCUUCCUAUACACAUUUGAGGGCUGAAUUUGGAGCCUUUGCCAGGAGGUUGUUUGCUGAUUGUUGUGGACUUUCUGCAGUCACUCAGGCGCCCAUAUCAAGUUUGAAACCAAAAGAUCCAAAACCAGAUCAGGAAGAUGACGAGUUUGAUCGUCUCACAAUUGACAUGUCGAUGCAAACUGAAGGCGAAGAGGAUCUCCUUUGGCAAUUGGCAUCAGGACCGACUGCCGAUGGAGCAAGAGAAGUUCCUGCUGCAGUCGUCAUAUCUCAAUUGGUGAAAUAUGACGAUGAACCCACCAUACGGGAAGCCAAAAUAAGGUUUUUGAAACACAUUACUGGCCGAAAACAACUCCCAUCGGAGUUGAGGGCUUCUUGUCUAAGGGCUGUGCUCAGGGAUGCUGACAGUGAUACCUACGAGCAAAUCUUAAGACUUUGCAAGUUAGCAGCUUAUCCUGGUGAAGCAAUGUCGUUGUUAUUGGGAAAGCCAAAUCGUAAAGACAAUCAAUCUGCAGGAGGGAGCACUGAAACUAGUUCAGCCUUUCUUCACCAAUUGCCAGACAAUGAAGAACGAAUGAGGAUAUUGAGGGCUCUCGGGGCCCUACGAGACGAUGCACUUUUAGCCAGGGCCCUUCAGUUUGGAGUUUCGGAUUCUGUUCACCCUCAAGAGGGCGUCAUAAUCAUUGGAGCCAUUGCCAAUAGUCGUAGGGGAAGAGAUAUGGCCUGGAAGUUCUUCCAGUAUAAAUAUAAUGUAUUUAUGCAGAGAUAUCAGAUUUUGAUAGAAUUGUUAUCAAUAAUAUGA